AUGUUGUCCACCAACGCGAGCUCGCCCUCGCAGGCCACCACUCACGAGCGCGCAACGUCAACAACAUCCAACGCUCCACUUGCAACACCGCCGCAGCAAACGAAGCCAUCCCUCCGCACCAUACCGCCGGAGUUACGCAAUCAAAUCUACGCGUACACUCUCGUGCAAGACCAGACGAUCGAGCUGUCCACCGGCAGUUCAAGAACUACGUCCGCCUUGCUCCGCACGUGUCGCCAAAUCAGGCAGGAGGCCUCGCCCAUGUUCUACACCGCGAACGAGUUCACGUUCAAGAUCCACGGGUACCGCGGCCUCGAAGCGGCGCCUGCGCUCAAGGUCCACCUCCAGUUCUCGCGAGUCGGGCGCAAGAACUUCCAGCUGGAGAUCUGCCGCGAGUGCCGUGAGUCCAUCCACCUCGAGGACUUCGCCAAGUGGCUGCGGGCCUACCAUCGCGACGUUAACACGAUUCCGCGUCUGGAGCCGCGUGUCUGCAUCACCGGACCACUCUGGGGAUCCGCGGUUAGAAGAAUCGUCUCCACCAUCGACAACGGAGGAGUACCUGGCGUGGACGCUUUGGCGGCCAUCACUUUCCUCUUGGCAGUGCUCAAAGUGAACAAGACUGCUCUGCCCUUCCACGGGUGCAGCAUGUUGACGGAAAUUGAAGACGACGGAACGGAGAAGAGGGAUGGCUGUAAGGUAUGGCGCGAGAAGUGGGCGGGCCCUGUCUGGGUGUAG